CAAACACGGAGCCGCGACAUUCAGUGCAGUUAACAUGAGGAAGAGUUUACUCAGAGUUCUGAAGGAGAGAUGGAGAUGUUACAGGCACAGAUUUGUUCCCUGGAUUGCUUUAAACCUUGUAAAAAACGAGAGGACGCUGCGCCAGGUGAAACACCGAGCCGAGGACAAGCGGUUGGAGGAUGACCGAGUCCUCGCGUCCCUCGUAAGCCUUUUUACCGAGUUACUCAGAAACGACGCGAGCAACCAAACAGAACAGCUUCGCCUCCUGCCUGCGUCCUCUCGCCGCCAAUACUACAUUACCCACAAUGCCGCGGUGCGCGACCCGGAAGUGGCGCCUCGCGAGAUUAUGCUGCGCACGCUGGGUUUCUGUGUGGAGAAAAUGGCGAGUUCACUUCUGGGUGCAGGCACCGGGGUGUUCGUUACCCGGGGGCGCGUGCUCAGAGGUGUACCAGUAGCCAUGUAUCCAGGUACCAUCUAUCAAGCUGACGAGCCAAUUUUCUUCCAGUCCAUUCGAAACCCAUUUGUGUUUCGAUGCAUUGACGGUGUUUUGAUCGAUGGCAACGACAAAGGACUCUCCAGGCUAGUGUUUCGGUCAUGCAGCGGGCGGGACCGGCUCGGCCCAUUUCGCUUGAGUGACAGUUCGUGGUUGACACCCUGUCCAGCAAACCCUUUGGCGGUGGGACAGUACGUCAACAACUGCUCCAAUGAGAACGCUGCCAACGUUUGCUAUCAGGAACUCGAUGUCCCGGAGGAUUUCCCCAUAGAACUUCUUCAGUAUCUUCCCAAUGUUAAUUACAUAUCUAAUACACAAAGGAGGUUGCGCUGUGUGGUGCUUGUCUCGUUAAGAGACAUUAACAUGGGUGAAGAACUUUUCUCCAAUUACUACACCAUUGUGCAUGAUUAUUGAUACGCGUUUUAACGGCAGUAAAAGUUUUUCCGUUAGCAAAUAAUGCAAUGUGCUGUUUUUUUAUGUACAUUAAA